UAUGUCUGGAACGAAUGUUUCGCGAAUUUCGUCUUAUUUAAAUUGCUGUUUUAUUAAAGAUACCUGCUAAGUGCCUAGAACUAUCAGAAAAAAAUCAAACUACCUCCAAAUUAAAAUUUAAAAAUAUUGAAAUAAAGAACCUGAAACAACCUUCCCCCCAGACGAACCGGUCCCCCACCUGGAGAUAAUCCCACCCCCGCUCCCGGUGCGCCCCCGCAAGGACCGCCCCCUGAUCCCAAUGCAGCCAGACCGCCCCAGCAAGGCGCCAAUACCUGAUCCUUCUGGGUUAUAUGAACCGAUACCAGAUAUGGAGAUAAUCCCACCACCGUAUCCAGCACAUCCAAUCAAAGCGGACACCUCAGGCCGUGUAGACCAAGACCGUAAAGACCACCCAAUUCAGAGAGACAGCCCAGACCAUAAUAACCGCCCAGUCCGUCGUGACAGUCCAACAAACAAAGAUAGUCUGAACCAAGCACACAGUCUAGACCAAAAGGACCAGCGCACGAUCAAAACGCAGCGAUAUCAAUACCAAAAGGAGCUAAAAAUAUAUGAGCCUUCUAAUUUAUACGAACCGGUACCAAACAUGGAGAUACUCCCGCCGCCACUGCCCGCCCAGGCACCAGUGCGCCCAACUUAUAAGGACUCCCAGAUCCAAACGCAGCUAAACAGAAACCAGAAGCCAUCUCGUAACCAGGAAACAAUCAUGGAGCCUUCAAAUUUAUACGAUCCAAUACCGCAUUUGGAGCUCAUACCGCCUCCACUUCCUCCAGUUGUGCCUAAAGAACCAAAGUGGCGGUCAAAUGUGCAAACACAAACGCUGGACUUUUUUCCGCCAUUAAGCUAAAAAAUGAGCAGAUUUGUGCCAUGGAUAAUAUGGGGAACAGACUAUACUGCUGUAUAAAAUAUCAACAUAAUACCAGCAGUAUCAAUUUUUUCUACCAAGGAUAACUUCCCCUAAUGGCCUCUUCUAAAAGUAUACAACAACUGUACGGGAAUCUGUCUGACAUGGCUUGUAUGAGAACUAUUACGGGUCAUGCGCAUACAGAGUCGGACAAUUGUCAACGAAACAUUACAGAAGAGGUAUUACCAUAUUUUGGAUAUUGAAUCAUUAAUAAAAUCUUACAGACAUGGAAUUAGCCUAAGCACACAUAUCCUAUGGUUCAAUAUCGUCGUCUUGUGAAAUAUAUUUGCGAUGGAAUUGAUAUCACGACACUGAGUACACAGAUUUAAGAGUAAGGAUACCAUUAAUAAAAACUCGUGUAAGCUUGA